CACGUGACGUACAUCCGGCGAGUAGCUGGCGGUCCGGGGCGCUGCUGCUGCUGCUGCUGCUCGGUGUUCGCUGAGGGAGGAUCGGAGCCGCCCGCCGCCGCUGGAGGAGCCCCCGGGGGCCCGUGAAGCGCCCAUAAUGUCCUUCAUCUUUGAGUGGAUCUACAACGGGUUCAGCAGCGUGCUCCAGUUCUUAGGACUCUACAAGAAAUCUGGAAAACUUGUAUUCUUGGGCUUGGACAAUGCAGGCAAAACCACUCUGCUUCACAUGCUCAAAGACGACAGACUGGGCCAGCAUGUUCCCACACUACACCCCACAUCAGAAGAGUUGACAAUUGCUGGAAUGACUUUUACCACUUUUGAUCUUGGUGGGCAUGAGCAAGCACGCCGGGUUUGGAAAAAUUAUCUCCCAGCCAUUAAUGGGAUUGUCUUCUUGGUGGACUGUGCAGAUCAUCCUCGCCUCAUGGAAUCCAAAAUUGAGCUCAAUGCAUUAAUGACUGAUGAAACAAUAUCUAAUGUGCCAAUCCUUAUCUUGGGAAACAAAAUUGACAGAACAGAUGCAAUCAGUGAAGAAAAACUCCGUGAGAUAUUUGGGCUUUAUGGACAGACCACAGGAAAGGGGACUGUGACUCUGAAGGAGCUGAACGCCCGCCCCAUGGAAGUGUUCAUGUGCAGCGUGCUCAAGCGGCAAGGCUACGGAGAGGGCUUCCGCUGGCUCUCCCAGUACAUCGACUGAUGCUUGGACAGUGAGAAUAAAGUUCUACUUCUCUGGACUGAUCCUAUUCACAGCUUCCUCAUGAACUUUUCUAAUAGAACAAGGAAAGCUCUCCAACCAUGUCUGGCGUUGAGAAGCCAAGUGUCUCUGUCAACGCUCGUGGCCCAGUGGUGACAUGUGCUCUUCUCCACACGGUCGGGAGAUAAUGCUGCCCCUCGUGCUGGUGCAGGUCAGUGUCCCGGGACUCAGGCUGGCAGGAUCUGCCAGGUAAAGCUGUGUGCCAUCACGUGACACCAGAAAAGAAAAACACGUCUCACCACUGUGGUUGAUUUCAAAAGAAAGUGCUUCUAUUUUUUAAAGAAAGUGUUGUUAAUGUAAUUGGUAUCCCUCCUCUAACUUGAGUUCACAGUUUACUUGGUCCAGAGUUUUUUUAUUCUUUUUUUUUUUUAAACUAGUAAAUGGAAUUUAGAUACGUCAUAAAAUUAUGAACAGAUGUGUUCAUUGGAGGCCAGAGCGCAAUGGGGUAAGCCUGGCGGCUUGGUGGGAGGCAGUCUCCUGAGCUGCCUGUGGACUGUCUCUCUGGCUGGUGGCUGAGUGCAGAGAGGACCGGGAGUGCGCAGGCCCUGACCUUGCAAGUGGCGGCAGGUGUCCACUGUGGUGAGUGAGUCCAGCCCUCGUCCUGGGGGCAGCAGGUUGCUCAGUUGUUCACUGUGGAAGAGUGAAUUAUAAAGUGAGUUAUUGUUACUAUAUUAUUUUUACUUAUAAAGUUACAGGUUACCAGUUUCAACCAUCUUUGCUUUUCUACUGUUGGGAACUUCCAUUUCUCUCUAUAGCACCUUCCUUUUUCACUGUCAGUUAUAAGGAGUGACUUUUGCCUCAUGAAAGAGUUGAGGGCAUCGCUUGUAGGCACAGACUGCAGGCGCGCCUCAUGCUUCAUAGGUUCUAGGGGAAUGUUCGGAGCAACGUUGGCAGUUCAAGGGUUCUUCAUCCUGUGAGGUGAAGCGCUGUGAACCUGGGAAUGACUGAGCUCUUUCAAGUUUCCACUUGCGAAUUUGUCUCCACGGGCUGCUGCCACGCUCAUUUACUUCCAUCUCUCCUCCCUCCUGGGUAUCUGUGGUUGGUGUUUAAAGGUACACGUUGGAAACUCUCCAGGUUCGCAGAGGAUUAUGAAAUUGCUCUUUUCCAGUCCAGAAUGAGCAGAGAAAACUCUUAAGUACAGGCCCGUCUGCCAAGCCUUUGGAGGCAGCUUCAUGGACACCUGUGACCACUCAGGGCGACAGCAGCAGCCCUGGGCGGCCGGGUGCGGUUUUCGGUGUUUCAUUUUCUCUGGCACCAGGUGGCCGUGAUGCACGUUGGCACUCUUCCCUCGUAUGGUCAUGAAAGGACAAGGGGUCUCUAGGUGGAGGGCCUCAUCAUUCUCUCCUAUGGUGAGUGGUGAGAGGUAGUUCACGGCAGGUGCUUUGUGGAGGACCUGGGCCCAGCGAGAGGGUGGGAAAGGGGCGUGAAGGUGCCUUGGAUUUCUCAUUGUCAGUCGUAGGUUGGGAAAGGAUUCUGUGGCUCGGCCAGGCCCGAGUGCAGAGGCUUGAUGAGGCUGAGUGCGCAAGUGCAUGCGUGAGCUCGUGGGCAGGGCUGCAACAGGCCAAGACCGUGUGCUUGGAACCGGGUUGAAGCCUUACGUGAACAACUAGCUAAUGGGGAAUGCACUGGGUAGGCGACUGUCGUACUUCCCACUUCCUUUGGCUUAAGGCUGCCCACACUUCUCUGUCCUCCAUGACAGGUGUGAUUGUCUCAGUGUUAUUUUUGUUGUCCCUAGCCACUUACUAGUAUAGGAAGCUAGAAAACUUGGCUCGACGCAGGGAAGCUCUUUGUGAAAGUGGUUUAUUUUAGCCACUGGAGAAAGAGGUUAUAGAAAAGUAGAGCCCAGUCUGUUUCUUGCCCCACAGGACACCAUUCCUGAAACAAGGUCGCUGAAGCAAGCUGUGGUGAGGAGCACAGCUCCAAGACCUUGUUCAGGAACUCCCAUGAAUUGAAAUUUCAUCCUGUUUUAUCAGAGUGCACUUUGUCCUAUUUCAGCAAAAGUAAAAUUGUCAUUUUCAAAAGAAAGGCAGUCUGUAUCCUAAGCAUUUUAAUAAAAACCUAAAACAGUU